AACGCAUACACCUUUUUCCUUGAUUUUUUAUUAAUAUUUAAUCGAAUAAAAUUAUAAUUAAUUUAUUGAUAAAUAUUUACAGAUUUUUAAAUAUAUAAGAUAUGCAGUUAACAAUUUAUAUAAGAAAUUAAAUUUAAACAUCGUAAAGCUGCCGUGUGUGAGCACGCUGUAAUAUUUCGUGCAAAUAAUUGCAACCCUACGUUUUGUGCAAACCCUUUUGUAUUGUUUUUCUCGUAAUAUUUGCCGUAUCAAAGUGCCGCGUUAAUUUUUUUUAUUUAUUUCUAAUAAGUUCACCGAGCAAAAACCUUCACAGUAGCUUAUGACUUUAAAACGCAUCGAAGCAGCUUGUUGAUUACUUGUAUAAUACAGUGUGAGGCAUAUAAUUAUUUGCAACAAUGGUGGACCUCGAAAUGGUAGCUGCGCCAGCAGAGACUGUUGUAGUGGACAGCAGCACUGGACUCUGCCGCCUAUGUCUGCGUCACGAUAAAACAAUUGUGAAUAUAUUUGAGGAAGUACCAACACCAGCAGAGGAAAAGUCGUCGCCUGGGACUGAAACGCCCCCGAACAAAAUUAAUAUGGUUGAGCGCUUAUUUGACUUAUUGGGUGUAAAGUUUCAACACUCAACGGCCUUGCCGAGUCACAUCUGUCAAAGAUGUUUUGCCAUGGUAGAGGCGUUUACUAAUUUCCGUGAAAAUGUACAGAGAUGUGAGACUGAAUUGCAGCGUUGGUUGGCAGAAAACUACAAAAGCGCAACAAACGAGGAUGAACAACGACCAGGCCUCAAUGGUAAUCCGGGCAAUUUCGAACCCGAAGACGAUUGCGUAAUUACAGAGAUUGAUCCCAACCAGGAUUAUGAAAGUUCAGAAGAUGAAUUUUCUAUGGAAUCUGAUUCGGAAACUGAAGAGCACACGCCCUCUGCGACGCAAACUUCAAUUAUUGCUGAAUCUAAUUUAGCGCAGCAUGAUUUUAAUAACUCCGCAGUGGCGGCUAAGUCAGCAGCUGAUUUACAUAAUGCUGAAAAUUCACAAACUGCAACGGAUGUGUCUUCCUCCUUUGCUGCUCUACCAGCCAACGACUCGUUUAUUGGUGGCGAGGUAGUGAUCAAAAACACAUAUCUUUGUCAGUAUUGCGACAUGGCAUUUACAACACAAGCUGAAUGUCAAGAACACGAGUCACAACACGACAGUGCAGCGCCAUAUGUCUGCAGCUUCUGUUCACAACGUACAUCCAGUCGCCAAAAUUUGAUUUAUCACAUCAAAGAACUGCACGAUCCGGAACGACCGUAUGUUUGCGCAUUUUGCAAAAAAGGUUUCUGUCGACGUUCCGAUCUGAAGAAGCAUACAAUUGUGCACACCGGUGUGCGUCCAUUCUCAUGUCCCGUCUGUGCAAAGAGUUUCUCACGCAACACUAAUUUGACGAAACAUAUACGCAUACACAGUAGCGUAAAGCCACAUGUAUGCACGCGCUGCCCACGUUCCUUCUCCAGCGCACCCGAAUUAAUGCGUCACAUACGCUCGCAUACAAAUUCGAAACCAUUCCAGUGCAGUCGCUGUCCAAGCGCUUUCGCGCGUAAGGAUAAACUACAUUUGCACGAACAGACGCACUACCGGCGUGAUGCCGAAUUUUUACACCAACAGAAUAGUGGUGCUGGUGCGCUAAAAACAGAAGAUGGUAACAACAGUAUGGGACAGACAGAAAACUUGGUAGUGUCACUCAAUCCGUAUGGUGACGCCGACAACGCGUCGUCACAGCCAAAUAUGUCAUCACCGCAAGAUCAGUAUCGUCAGCAUAGCAUACUGGCAGCGCAGUUGCAACAACGACCGUCAAUGCCGAAGCCGCCACCGCCGCACAAGCCAUCACAUUCACGCUCCUUCACCUGCACGAUUUGCCAGAAGACAUUUACACGUGAACGCGAUUUGCAACGCCACCAGGCGCUACAUCUGGACACGCUAUUUACGUGCAAGCAGUGUGGCACCGGUUUUAAUCGACGCGAAAAACUCGCGCGGCACGAAUUGGAAUUCCAUGCACCACAAUAUCCCUGUGACGUUUGUCGCAUGCAAUUCUCUAAACACGAUGAAUAUGAAAGACACAUGAAAAUGCAUGAAUUGCAACAGACUGCGACUAUUGCCACACAGGCAGCUAUUAGUGCGGCAUCGGGUGUGCCCGGCGCGCCGUCAGGUAAUAUUUUGGGUUUAGCUGUCUCUGCCAACACUGCCGGUGCCUUGAAUUUGGUGACAACUGCAGCUAGCCCUGCCGGCAGCACGCAUCAAACCAUUUCCGCAUCUAAAGAUUUGUCAGGCACGCAGCAACGACCCACCGCUGCCGAUAUGUCUUUCUACAGCCAAUUGGUGCCUACCAUGAAUCUUGGUUUCUACAGCGAAACGCGCCCUGAAGAUCGCAAUGGCAUAUAGGCAAGUGGUUCGUAGCGUCGCUACACAACGCAUUUACAUACUUACAACUUCAUAGGCAGUACGUUGAGCCGUUAAAUAUAAUAACUAGACAUAGACAAUUUAUUUGCGCGGAUAUUACUAAACACAAUCUACAUUUAAUUUAUACAUAAAUGUGUAUGUUUCUACUGACAUAUAUACAUUGGAUACAUAUACAUAUGAACAUGAAAUAAAUAACUCAAAAUGCCAUAAAAUCGGUGCAAAUCAAAAUAUAUUCACAUACUAACAUUACUCACAAUCAACUCACGUCAGUAAAUCAUUUGUCAGUAAACCAUUUAGCAAAAUUAGCAUCUUGACACAGAAACCUCUUGUUUUGACGGGUGAGUACAAUUUAACUGAAUUUUUUUUAAUUAAACUGGUUGUAUUGGGUAUCGCCGAAAUUCGUCGCAAGUAAUUAUAAUAACUAUUUUACGUACGAAACAGGGGCAAUCAAAACUAAUUCGACUAAUGUUUUUAUAGUACAAAUACAAAUAUAAAUAUGUGUAUCAUCUGUGCAAUUUCCUUGCUGUUGAGCGUUACUUCACAGAGUUGUUGAUAUUUGUUUAAUUUUUUUUUAAAUAAUAUAUGUCCUUAUAUCAAAUAUA